AUGGGUUGGUUUUGGGCAGACUCACAGCCAAAGGCCCCAGUGGCACCUCAUCCAACGUCCCCGAAUGCAGCUAUUCCGCCAGGAUGCCCGAUGCACGAGCCUGGCUCUGGCUCAUCUGCAGCGCCUGUAACUGCAGCGCCUCCAAGCGCCUGCCCCAUGAACCGAUCAACCGAUUCCCCCUUCUAUGUUCCACCAAAAUCAGCCUCUCCACCUACUCCAGAGCCCGCCGCGCCGGCCAAAUCCUCAUCGACCCUGUCCAAGCUGAAUCCGCUGAACUUCAUGUUCGCAUCUCUCUCGCAGGAACGCGCGCCCAACCAGACUGUGGACCUUGGCGUCGAGCGCGAAAUAUCUACUAUCCCACGGGGCGAUUCCGACCAAAACUGGGAAUACCCAUCACCUCAGCAGAUGUACAAUGCGAUGCUGCGCAAGGGCCACACGGACACCCCUCAAGAUGCGGUGGAGGCUAUGGUGGCCGUUCACAACUUCUUGAAUGAAGGUGCCUGGAACGAGAUCGUCCGGUGGGAGCGCACCUUCGCAAAGGGCCUCCUGCCAGGAUGGGAGAAGUGCCGUCGAGGCGAGGAAAAUCUCAGCUACGAUCUAUACAAAGCGGAGAUGACCGGUGCUGUCGAUCCAGCAUCUGAGCCACGUCUCAUUCGCUUCCAGGGUCGACCAAAGGAGCUCACUCCUAAGGCUCGGAUCCUGCAGACCUUGGGAUGGAUCUAUCCCUCACAAUUCGAAACAAAACCGCCUUUCGACCGUCAUGACUGGUACGUUCAACGACAGACCCCCGCGGGUCCAAAGCAAGUACGUUAUGUGAUCGAUUACUACUCGGGCCCUCCAGAGCCAACAGGCGAACCCGUCUUUUACCUUGACAUUCGUCCUGCCUUAGAUUCCCCUAGCGCUGCUGUUGAACGAUUGAUGCGAUGGGGCGGUGAUGUCUGGUGGCGCGCCAGUGGGGGCUCUGUUCGGGAACAGAACCGCUCCUAA